AUCGGAACGGUACUGGGAAAGACUCCUGCCGGCGGUGGCAUACUUUUGCGGGAGCGAAGCGGGAGUUUGGUUUCGUUGCUUCCGAGAGCGGGGGAUGCUUCUCACUUCAGUAGUAAGCAAGCCAGAGCAAGAGAAAACGUGAGGCAUUCUUACUGAAUGGGAUGAUUUGCUAAUAAAUUUUCCAGAUUUUCAGUACUGUCGUGUCGCUGAUGGGAAACACUCGUGCCCAAGUGGAACGUUUUGUGCUAGAAGGUAGUAGAGCCGACCGAUCGAGAUUUUUUUUCGUCGUUGCCAGGUGUUCCGACGCGUUCGAGUUAGGCCUGCUCGCUUGAGUUUCCCGAUGGGACGCUGUGUACAGUAGUAGCAAACAAUAUGGAUAAGCGGAACUGUGGGAAAUGGUUGAGUAUGUCAAAUGAUUCCGAUUGAUUGUCUAUUUGAGUGCUGGUAGUUGAAGUUAGUUGACACCGUAAUUUGGCUAAUUGAAAUGGCAAUCAAAGCAUAAUUAAGAGGCCUUCGCAAGGUUACAAACGAAGCAGAGAUCUUGGCACAUUCAAGAAAGUUCAAUAGUGUUAAGCUCAAUAAUUUAAACGAAGCCAUUAGUGAAAGUGCAUUGGUGGAUAUAAAAGGGUUUUGCCGGUAUCGAGUGGGAACAGUGAUCAGAGAAACCACUGCUGGGAAGGGUUACACAUUUUGCAAAGAAGAAUUCCAUGUUACGUAGUGAAAUGGAAUAGAUAAGCACAGCUCGUAAACCGUUCCACUUUCGUGAGAAUAUCAGAAAAAGUAAGUAAGUGACUGGAUAAGGCGGGAUUUGUUGCACGUAGGUGACCAGUUUCAUCAAAGAGAUUGUACACGUAGUGGCUAUCAUAAAAGACGAGCCUCCCCAGGAGAGAUUCGUCAAUAUAGGAGGAAGUAGCUUCACGGUGAGGCUCGUAAAGUGACAUGACAUAAAGUUUUGUGUGGGUUUCGGUAGUAAAAUAUCACGAAAACUCAAUCCCUCGUGUGGUUCUGAAAGGUUGCUGGUUACUUGGAGUAAACGAAACGAGCGAUAUGCAAUGUGUAAUCAGCGGAGCGGAGCUAUUUAAAAGGAUUAUUCGACUGAGAGCGAUUCCGCUCGAGCCAUAAAUUAUUAGUGAGGUUGAUUCAGCGAAAACCACACCACAGUUCCAGUGAAGGAAACGAGUGCAAAUAAGAAUGCAGAAGAUUAUCGCAACCUGUGUGUGUCCGUUAUAUAAAAUAUCAAAUUCAAACCCCAAUUACAGUUACGUUUGAAAGUGCUAGUAGUGGGUUCCCAAAACAGUCAAGGAUUAUCAAGUCGAUGGGCCAGAAAACAGUGUGAAGCAACACGAAGAACCAAUUACCAGCGUUUUUUUUUUCUACCACAUGGAUUAACCAGCAUGUAUUUGCAAGGAUAGUGACUGAAAAUAAAACCUCCCGCCGGUACCAGUAAAAUUACCGCCAUGGAAGGAUCUUCCGUCUGAUUUCGUUACAGAACAUGGACUUCUCGCACACCUAGAAAAUAUGAAGCAUAUAGUGGUUGUGAUGGUUAUUCUUAACAUCAAUCAUGGAAUUACCUCCUCCUCGCAGACAGUAGACAUCGACGAGCCGCACACGUACACACCACCGAAGCACUACUUCCAGACGUCCUCGUUCGACGAUGCGGACCUGGACGAUGACAUCGUGAAAAACCCACUGGACCGGGGCCCAUACUUUGACAUCUCGGCGUCGAGGAAUGUGACGGCACUGGUUGGAAACACGGCCUAUCUCAACUGCCGGGUGCGGAAUCUUGGCAACCGAACGGUGUCGUGGAUUCGGCACCGGGAUCUGCAUCUGCUCACGGUGGGCAAGGCCACCUACACCUCGGACCAGAGGUACCAGAGUGUACAUAAUCCAGCGCUGGACGAUUGGUCCUUGAAGGUGCUCUACCCGCAGCCACGGGAUUCGGGAGUGUACGAGUGCCAGAUAUCUACAACGCCCCCGGUGGGAUACUCCAUGACACUAUCCGUUGUCGAACCCAUCACGACGAUAGUCGGCGGACCAGACCUGUACAUCGAUACCGGUUCCACAGUGAACCUGACCUGCAUCGUACGACAUUUGCCCGAACCGCCACCGGUCAUACUGUGGACGCACAACAGUGAGGAAAUCAACUACGACUCGGCACGUGGCGGCGUGUCGGUAAUCACAGAGAAGGGUGACAUCACGACCUCGUAUCUGCUGAUACAGCGAGCAAGGACCUCCGACUCGGGCAAAUAUACGUGCUCGCCCUCGACGGCCAAUCCGAUCACGGUGAAUGUACACGUGCUCAAUGGCGAACAUCCCGCCGCCAUCCAGGGCGCCCAUUUGCUUCGAAGUAAUCGCAUUCUCUCCGCUGGCUGCUGCCUGGUGCUGCUCGUCCUUUUUUCCGUUCUGGGUGACCGUUGGCCAGCUGUCAGAUAAAACUUGCCAUAAAUCAGCACCCGGCUCGACUUUUGGACCGGGACCAGGACGUAAGAGUGCCCACCUCCUGCACUCCAACGCGGAUGACAUCAAUGAUACAGUUCCGGUAAAGUAGUGGAGGAAAUAAUAAUAAGUUACAGCUGAAAGCAAAAAAAAAACAAAAACAAAAAAUACAAAUGGAAAUAAUUGGACGAACGAAUAUCCCUCGUGUAUAACAACUCCGUUUUUUUUCCUUACAUCGGAAACUCAAGAUGAAAUGAUAGUGUUCUUCUCUCGUGUGUAUGUAUGUCGGUAUGCUAGGAACACUGUGAAAGCUUCGGGAACAAACGACUAGCAUUGCCAGUUUCGGGAAAGAUCACUAGAGCUACCAAAUUGCUGACUGGGAUACUUUGUUCCGAGUUGCAUCACAGGAAACAGGUGUAGAACAGGAAACUACCAUGUGAUGAUUACAUUCUGUGUUUUUUUUCGUUUAGUUCUUACUUUCAUGAUAAGUUACACCAGCAAUCGGGUGGCACUAAACCUACUAGUGGUGAACGUAGAAGUUUAGAUUAUAGACAACUCACGGGAGAAAAUUUUAGAAAUUGAUGUGAGUCAAAAUUAUAAUGAAAUGUAAUAUGCCAGAGCGUCACUAAUUGAAUAUUAAAUCAUUUAAAUUCAA